ACUAACUGAGCGACAUCGAGACCAGAGCAAGCCGUGUGCACUUGCAUCCACGUCGAAAACCAGCCUCGAAUGCCACAUGUUUUCACACUGUCACAAUGAGUCUGAAAAGUGUUCCACUACUCCUCCAACGAAUAUUCAGAUGGGAGAGAAGGGUUCUGGGUGUAACAUCUAUCCCGCUGCAUUCUCGUGGUAUGGAAGUGACAAGAACCAUGUGGUGAAGCAUACUGACAAGAGGCCACACAAGAGUGAUGUCUGUCCUGCAGAGUUCAGCCUGAGCGGGAACAUACAGCAGCACAAGCGGACAGAUUCAUGCAAGAAGCCACACAAGUGUGAUGAGUGCCCUGCAGAGUUCAGCCGGAGUGCUCAUCUGCAGCAGCACAAGAGGAUACACACAGGCGAUAAGCCAUACAAGUGCGAUGUCUGCCAUGCAGAGUUCAGCCUGAGAGGGAACCUACAGCAGCACAAGCGGACACACACGGGUGAGAAGCCAUACAAGUGCCAUGUCUGCCACGCAGAGUUCAGCCUGAGAGGGAACCUACAGCAGCACAAGCGGACACACACGGGUGAGAAGCCAUACAAGUGCGAUUCCUGCAACGCAGUGUUCAGCCAGAGCGGGCAUCUACAGCAGCACAAGCGGACACACACGGGUGAGAAGCCAUACAAAUGUGAUGUCUGCCACACAGAGUUCAGCCAGAGCUGGGCCCUACAGCAGCACAAGCGAACACACACGGGUGAUAAGCCAUACAAGUGCGAUUCCUGCAACGCAGAGUUUAGCCAGAGUGGGCAUCUACAACAGCACAAGCGUACACGCACGGGUGAGAAGCCAUACAAGUGCGAUUCCUGCAACGCAGAGUUCAGCCUGAGAGGGAACCUACAGCAGCACAAGUGGACACACACGGGUGAGAAGCCAUACAAGUGCGAUUCCUGCAACACAGAGUUUAGCCAGAGUGGGCAUCUACAACAGCACAAGCGUACACACACGGGUGAGAAGCCAUACAAGUGCGAUGUCUGCCACGCAGAGUUCAGCCAGAGCUGGGCCCUACAGCAGCACAAGCGAACACACACGGGUGAUAAGCCAUACAAGUGCGAUGUCUGCCACGCAGAGUUCAGCCUGAGAGGGAACCUACAGCGGCACAUGCGGACACACACGGGCGAGAAGCCAUACAAGUGCGUUCUCUGUCCUGCAGCGUUCAGACAGUGCGGAACCUUGUCACGUCACAAGCGGACACACACGGCGUGAUACAAGUGUGGUCUCUGUCCUACCGAAUAUCACAAAGAGGCGUUCUGAGGCGAGAAGCCAUAGAGCCGUUUACUAGGAGAGGUUGGCCAUUGGGAGGAGCCUGUCCCAAAGCGCGCCAUUUGACGUGACACGAUGGGCGGCGCCAAGGCCAGUGGCAUCAUUUUGCAUCAGAGCUAUCGCCUUGAAAUCCCCCAUUCCGCCAUUUUGGGGCGGAGGCACAGCCUUGAAAUUCCCCUGUGCCGCCGCGGGUCGUCUUUCAUCCCAGUCAAGUGGGCGGAGCGAUGACGUCUGUGACGUCACGGCGGCUCCCCCAUCUCCGGGCGGCAAAAGAUCAGAGAAUGGCCAAAUUCUUCCUAUAAACGGCUCUGAGAAGCCAUAGAAGAGCAUUCUCUGUUCUGCAGACCUGAGGCACAGCACAAACCUACAGUGUAACAAGAAGACCUACAUGGAUGUGAUGCAAUACAGAUGCAACCUCUGUACUGCAGAGUUCAUGUGGAGCAGGAACACACAAAGUUAGAGAAGCCGCUGCUAGAGCUAGUUCAGCCAGAGCACGAAUUUGUGGCUUAAGAUGUAGCCAGGACACUCUUGGGAUAGGGACCAUACAGGUGCGCAGGCACCAA